UAUAGUUUGACGAAAGAACUUUUACACCUCUAUUACCUGUCAUCUCCCAAAGCCACCAUGAUCCAAACUUCAUAUAGUCGCUGAUCGUUCCUCCCUGUGUUGGGGACAAUACGCAGAGAAACUUUCAGCUUUUAUACAAUAACGAAGGUCUGGCACGCGCUGGUUCUUAGUAUAAAACCGGUUGCCUUUGUGCAUUAAUCACUUAGAUUAGGUUAGGAUACCUAAUCAAAGAUUUUUCGUGGAUUCAAAGAUCACAAUGUUCAACACAUUUCUAGUGUUACCCGUUGUCAUUUUACGUUUGACAGCAGCUGUUUUGUGAUUUUUAAGCACAGCUCUUUGCUAUUGAUCUGUGGUGUGGUGGUGACCUUGAUUUGUAUUUUGUUAUCUACUAAAUAGAAGCUUUGUAAGGAAAAUUAAAAUUUUCAAAAUCUUAGAAAUGCGGUGCUGUGUGCCCUUCUGCAAAACCACUGCGGAGGUCGUCUCCGAAUCCGAGGAGAUUACAUUUCACGAGUUCCCCAGCGAAGUGCAUCUCCGAGCUGCUUGGCUCAGAGCCCUCGGCAAACAAGACACUCUCCUGCCAGAGCGUGCUGUGGUCUGCUCGCAGCAUUUUCUAAACGAUGACAUUUAUGAAACAGAAAGUGGCUCAAGGCGGAUUCGUACUGGUGCUGUCCCCUCACCAGUGCUGGUCUGCAUGAUAUGCCUGGACACUCGCAGCAAGCUGUUUCUGAUGAGUAAAUACAAGCUGGAAGAAGCAUAUGAACAUUUAGUGGGACAUCCUUUGUGUGGUCAAGGAAAGCUCAAACCAACGCUUUGUGUGCAAUGUGCCCAGAGACUGGUGAACUUUAGCACAUUCAGAGACAAGAGCUUGAGAGCGCUCUCCCUGAUGAUAGAACUACUUGACAGACAUGAAGUGAUAACAAUUCGACAUGUCAAAUUGAUAAGCCGUGUAAAGUACCAACUACAGUCUGACAUUGUCUCUGCAGUGUCAGAGCCUGACUACUGCGAUGUGUACAUAGCACACUCCGACGCGGACGGACGGACAGAACUAGACGCGACUGCGACUGCCGCAACUGAUGAAGCAGUUGCAGUGAAACGGGAAGUUGAAGACCGUGAAGAUGAUGAAGACGAGCCAGCCGCGGCCGAAACACAGGCUCCCACCGCGCACAUUAUUUGCAAGCGAGAGUCGUCGGACGACUGCGAUCAAGCUUUGGCCGCUCCUUCGGUUCUCGCGACCAAUCACGGAAACGAAGAACAUCCAACUGAUACAGACGACGAGUUGGGUAUAUUGUCUUUCGAAAAUAAUACAUACACUUUUGAAUAUUCAACAAAACCUCAGGACUCCGAACUAAAACCAAAGGAAACCUUUACAAAAAUAAGUGAUAAUAUCAAUAUUCGAACGACGAGGCGAAACAAACACAAUUCCCAGGAUAUAUCCGGUACACCGUUAGGAAACUAUACUGACCAGGUACGGUAUAUCUGUGACGUUUGCCAAAAGAUAUUUCAACGGAAAAGUUCCUUAGUUACCCACAUUAGGGCGCACACUUACGCUAACACUUUCUCAUGUAAGUUAAGAAAGCGCAAAUUCAGUCAAAAUAGUACGUCAUCGAGCCCCAAGCAGACUCACACUGGCGAAAAGCUUUUUGUUUGUAAGUUGUGCGAUUAUAAAUGUACAGUUAACAGUAAUUUAGUGAGUCACAUGAGGACACACACUGGCGAAAAGCCAUUCGCUUGUAAGUUCUGUAAAUACAAAUGCACAGAAAAUGGUAGUUUAGUGAAACACAUGAGGACUCACACUGGCGAAAAGCCUUUUGUUUGUAAGUUGUGCGAUUAUAAAUGUACAGUUAACAGUAGUUUAGUGAUGCACAUGAGGACUCACACUGGCGAAAAACCUUUUGUCUGUAAGUUGUGCGAUUAUAAAUGUGCAGUUAACAGUAGUUUAGUGAGGCACAUGAGGACUCACACUGGGUAAGCUCCUCGGCUCUUGCUUAUAAGCUAAGCAAGGACAGCUGUCGCGGAACUGCUAGUUCGCUCUGAGGCUUCCUGUACAUGAAGCCGGAGCCGCACCGUGAGUUAGUGUAAACAAA